UUCUGCAACAUAUUUAUCGAUUUGAAGUUGUUUUAGUCAUAUGAACAGGCCAGGUUGAUAUCACUCACUCUUGCCACUGUUUCGGUUUCUUCGUCCUGAUCCCUCACGAAACCGUCCAUUCUGGAUAAACUUUGCACAUCCCACUGGUUGAAGCCAGCUACACCACACCUCGGAAGGUGGUUACGCCGCCCUGCCAGAUGGCACUGGUGCCGGGGUGGGCCACCUGCCAGGCAGCCGAAGUGGCGAUUUCAAGUUGGUGCUCCAGUGCAAAGACGUGGGUGGCUCAUUUGUUCACUGAUUCGCCACCGACAAAAUGUGCUGGGGGCGCGAUUUCAAGCACCUCUCGCUGUCGUGAAGACCCUGAAGCGGACCAUGGCCCCAAGGAGCUGAUGCGCUUGAGCGAUGUGCCUCCUGAGUUGAGGAGCCACAUAUCAUCCUAUCUGGAUGUGCCGGGACUGUGCGCUGAGCGAGCCACAGCUCGCGAAAACUACUCACGAAAGGCUUUUGUUGCUCAGCUUGUGCAACUUGCUCGACCUGACACGCCUGACGUGCUCCUCACAGCCGGCGACAUUUAUGUGGAGAACGAGGAUCAGAUUCCACAGCUGGAGCAAGCGCUUGCUCGGGACAGCUUCCAAGUCUUUGCAGGACUUCAAGGAACCAAAUGUAUCUUUAACGAGUACGCGUUGGCUUUCAAAGUAUGGUGGGCUAGCAAUCCUGGAGCAAUAACCCACUGGUGCAGCAGCUGGAUAGAACAUAGUUCAUUGUCCCCAGCUGCGCAGUGUUUACUGAUUCGACUUGCAGCGGGAGUAUUUGAGGAUCUGGAUUGGGGAGCCUUGCAUCUCAAGCGCAUGUUUGCCGCAGAAGUCAGAAGAUUGGAAACUGAGGGCCGCACCAGGUGCUUGCGAGGCUAUGCGUCCAACCUUGCGUGCAAGCACCCAGAGAUCCGAGAGCUGUGACUGCAAUCCAUCAGACGGCGCCAAGCUUCAUUCCCGAUGUGCCCGCAGUGCAGUUCAGGGUGGGCGCAUGGUCUCAGAGUUCCAGCGUACGUGACCAACUGUGACCACCUCAUCACGGAGAUACAUGGAGAUGUCCUCAUCGCAGCCGAAGUGUGACUCAUCGGCUUGCACAAAAAA